GGUAGUAACAGGGAAAUAGACGCGCUUGAAGGUGUUAUUUUGUCGUUUUUUUAGGUCGUGUGACGUGACAUUGUGUCGCCUGUGAAGCCAGUCGGGUUGAGAUGAACGUCGGGGUUUCCCUCUCUGAGCCAGACACUUUGUGCUUCAGCGGCGAAUUAGACAACAGCUCCUUCAUCAUGCAGCUUGUAGAAAAAAGACGGAAAAGCCCUACAUGUUGAUUAAAUUUCGACACCGGUGCGAGUCUGAAUGAGAGAAAACCUUCCUCCCCCCCUCCCUGCAAGCGGCUGACAAAACAGUCUCACAUCCUGGAGCUGCCUCACUUCUUCUCCUCCUUUCUCCCUCUCCUUCUUCAUCCGCCGGGUGUUGCAUACGGUAUGAUAUGUUGAUGACAUUUUUUUGGAAGUGGUCGUGCCUUUUGUUUUCAUUUGGGGAUAUGCGGAUCGGCGAGCGCCACGAAACGCAAACGAGAGGACCUUUUUCUCUGCCGUGAAAAUGAGGAAGCGCUUUCAUAGAGACCCAGAAAAUGGCAAGAAGGAGAUCUCGUCGUCCGUGGGCCCGGAUUUGAGUAAAAUGAGAAGGAAAGGAGCAAAUGCAACAGCAGCAUGAACAUUUACCCCCCCUCACACACACACACAGACAGAGAAUGACACCAAAGGAGGUAAAACGGUGGAGGUAGAGAAGACGCAGCAUCAAUGAAGGCGAUCUUGACAAGUUUUAAGUCGCUCAUAAUGAACAGAAAUACUUUACAGCUUGAUUGCAGCUCGUUUCCACAAUAUUGAAAGAUUUUUUCCGGCUUUGAGAGAUUUCCUAACUCACCAGUCAUAUAUUUUCGCAUUGCAUUUGUCUUUUUUCCCCAUUGAUUAUUAUUAUUUUAUAUUUUUGAUCCGGAUCCAGCCCUGACUAUUCAAUGGAAGUAUGUUAUCAGCUGCCGGUUUUGCCUCUAGACAGGCCGGUUCCCAAGCAUGUCCUCAGCCGGAGGGGAGCCAUUAGUUUCAGCUCCAGCUCUUCCCUCUUCGGGGCUCCUGAUCCGAGACAGCUGUCACAGAGACGUGGGGCCAUCUCCUACGACAGCUCAGACCAGACAGCACUGUACAUUCGCAUGCUAGGAGAUGUGAGAGUGAGAAGUCAGGUUGGAUUUGAACCGGAACGAAGAAGCUCCCACCCGUACCUGUGCAUCGACUUCCGAACUCUUCACGCACGGCUGGGCUGUGGGUCACCCGGCUCUGACCCUGAAAGGAGGGUCCACAGACUGCUCAGCUUCCAGAGGUACCUGCACUCGUCCCGCCUGCUGCGGGGAAUCCCCCAGCAGAUCCCCCUUCACAUCCUGGAUGAAGACUACACUGGACAGGCCAGAUGCAUGCUGGAGAAAGUCGGGAACUGGAAUUUUGACAUUUUCCUCUUCGAUAGGUUGACAAAUGGAAACAGCCUGAUCACUCUGACCUUCCACCUGCUGAACCAGUAUGGCCUCGUGGAGCUCUUCCAGCUGGACAUGGUCAAACUCUGGAGGUUCCUGGUCAUGGUCCAGGAGGACUACCACAGCAACAACCCCUACCACAAUGCAGUCCAUGCUGCAGAUGUCACACAGGCCAUGUACUGCUACAUGCAGGAACCCAUGCUCGCUAGGUCUCUGACCUCCUAUGACAUCCUACUGGGACUGCUAGCAGCUGCCACUCAUGACCUGGACCAUCCUGGGGUCAACCAGCCUUUCCUCAUCAAGACUGACCACUAUCUAGCUACACUCUACAGGAAUACCUCAGUUCUGGAAAACCACCACUGGAAGUCGGCAGUGGGGCUGCUCAGAGAGACUGGGCUGUUCUCCCACCUGCCAGCUGAGGACAGGCUGAGCAUGGAGAGGGAGUUGGGCUCUUUAAUCUUGGCCACGGACAUCAGCAAACAGAAUGAUUACCUGUCCAGGUUUCGUCUGCACCUGGACCAGGAGAACCUGUGCUUGAGCAGCGCCAGCCACCGCCACUUCAUCCUGCAGAUGGCUCUGAAGUGUGCGGACAUCUGUAACCCCUGCAGACCCUGGGAGCUGAGCAAACAGUGGAGUGAGAAAGUGACCGAGGAAUUCUUCAAACAAGGAGACAUUGAGAAGAAGCACAAACUUGAAGUCAGCCCAGUUUGUAAUAGAGAGAACAACACAGUUGGCAACAUUCAAAUAGGCUUCAUGUCAUAUGUGGCGGAGCCGCUGUUUGCAGAAUGGGCCCGUUUCUCCGACACGCGUCUGUCUCAGACCAUGCUGGGUCACAUGGGGCUGAACAAAGCCAGCUGGGGCGGCCUGCAGCAGGAACAAACCACUGUCUCCGAGGAAGCAGAGCCCAGCACAGCCGGCACCGACGCCGAGGAUGGCGCCGCCCGAAGAAAUGAUAACACAGCUACCGGCGCAGGAGGGACCAGCUCCAAAGAAAUACCUCAGGGAAGCAGAGAAUCCUGACACUCCUCGUGUGCCCUUUCACCUCGACCUCCUGACCCCUGGCCCCCCGGCCCCCCGGCCUCAGGGUCUCACCACACACUGGGGACCGGGUGGGGCAUCCACAGCCUGCAGCCCUGCCGCUGCCUCACCUGAUCCUAACACUUUGUUUAUGUUUUGUUGCUUUUGCCUCCCAUCUUGAUAAACCACUGAUUUUAUUUAAUUUAUUUAAUUUUUAAUUCCUCUUUUUUGACAUAGAGCAAUACAUAGAUACCUCAUUUGGCUACUGCUGUAUUUUCUUUUCUUUUAUUUAUUUGUCCACUGUAGUUUUGGCAUUACUGACUGAACACACCACUUUUUUGUGUUGGUGAACCUUAAGGGGAAAGCAGUAUAAAAACUGAAGACAUUUUUCUGGUAUUUUGAAGUGCCAUUUGAAAACAAAGAUUUUGAAGAAUGAUCUGAACUGAACUGUCUGAGACAACUGGAGUAUUCAGACAUGAGACCCUCCUGAGACUUUAGAGUAAUGCCAUGUUGCAUUUGUAUUGAAGAUUCUUCCUCAUGUAAAGACAAAAUGAUAAAAAAAACAAACAAAA